UUAAGGCGGGUAUUGUCACUUGCGAAGCGAAUGAAAAUUUUGGCGAGUUUCGCCGUGGCGAAUUGUAAGUUGCGAACCUCUAACGAAUUCGCCAGAAAAUGGCGAACGAGUGGCGAAAAUAAAUUUCUGGUAUUGCCACUGGCGAAAAAACGUCAUUCGCUUCGCCAUUAGUGUCAAAAUUUGACGAAUGUAUUUUUUAUUCGCUAUUUGAAAUGGAAAGGACAACAAAACGUACAACAACGCAACAAUUUCAAAAAUUGGUUGCGUUAAUGGAAAAUAAUCCGGACGUCGCCAGAGGAAUGGGGAAUUUUGGAUCGACGAAGAAAAGCAGGGCAGAGCAAUGGGAUCUGUUCGCUGCCGAACUCAAUGCCAUUGGUCCACCAUUGCGAAACGGACGCGAGUGGAAUAAGGUUUGGUUAGAUUAUAAACUGAAACUAAAAAAAAAAAUAGCGACAAACCGACGCGAAACUGUUGCCACAGGAGGAGGACCUUAUGCUCAGCAAAGUUUAUCUCCAUUAGAGCAAAGUGUGGAUGAGCUUCUUCACCUUCAGGCGGCUGUAAAUCCUACAGGCUUAGCAUAUGGCUCUAAUGAAGUGGAAACUGCGGUAAAUAAUAAUGAAAUGCAGCCAGAAGAGCGCACGACCGUGGAAACACAACGAGCCAUGGAUUUGGCAUCGCAAUCCUCAAGCAGCCGUCCUAGAAUGACAGUAGAGGAACGUGAAGUCAUUCGGAUGAAAGCGUUGGAAAAGCAAGCCGAAGUGCAAGACAUCCUUUCCAACAAAAUUGCAAAAAUGGAAAGAAAAAUAGAUGAAAUUGCAAGGUAUGCAAGAAAAACUUAUGAACUUAAACAGGAAGAAAUUAAAUUAAUGAAAAUGAAAGAAGAAAGGAAGAAGGAAGAAUAUUUAGAGAAAAAAAAAAGACAUAAAGAAAAGAUGGAAAUAAAACUACAAAUUUUAAAAUUAAAAAUGCAAAAAAAAUAGGGUGCUUGUAAAUAGAUUGAAUUUAGUUUAUAGUUUAUUUCAUAAGAAUGUGAUGAAUUUUUUUUUAUUUCAUAUUUUAACCAUGUGAUGAAUUUAUUUUUACUUUAUUAUUGUAAGUGACGGAAU